AUGGCUCUCCCUUUCGCACCACCGCCCAAAAGCCCUCUAGGGCGCUACCGACUUUUGUCACCAACUGCAUCGGUUUGGGUGUCCCCUAUUUGUCUUGGUACAAUGAACUUUGGAAAUGCUUGGAAAGAGUGGAUGGGAGAAUGCGACCAGUCCACAUCGGAGUCAAUCUUGGAUUUCUUCUAUGAACAGGGCGGAAAUUUUAUUGACUCUGCAAACAACUACCAAUUCCAGGAAACCGAGAAAUGGGUGGGAGAAUGGAUGAGGAAGCGCGGCAACCGGGAUGAAAUCGUUCUCGCCACCAAAUACACCACCAACUUUCGAGCUGGGCCUGGUGCUCCUAAUAUCAUGGUGAACUUCACUGGCAACGGAUCGAAGAGUCUGAGGGCUUCAGUUGAGGCCAGCCUUAAGAACCUGCAGACCGAUUACAUUGAUCUUCUCUAUGUUCACUGGUAUGAUGGCAACACCUCUAUCCCAGAGAUGAUGCAAUCUCUCAACCAACUCGUACUCUCCGGAAAGGUCCUCCACUUGGGCGUCAGCGAUACUCCUGCUUGGAUCGUGAGCAAGGCCAACGAAUAUGCUCGCUGCAAUGGACUGCGGCAAUUCUCUGUUUACCAAGGUCGUUGGUCGGCGGCCUCCCGUGACUUCGAGCGGGAUAUCAUUCCCAUGUGUCAAGCUGAAGGCAUGGGAAUUGCGCCGUGGGGCUCCCUUGGAGGCGGAAAGUUCAAGACCGAAGAACAACGCAAUGCGCGGGAAGGACGAAGAGUGGAGGCCAGCGAGAAAGAGAUCAGAACCAGUAAAGUGCUGGAGUCGAUCGCUAACCGUAAGAACACACUCAUCACCAGCAUCGCACUGGCAUAUGUCAUGCACAAGACAAGUUAUGUAUUUCCCAUCAUAGGUGGUCGAAAGGUGGAUCAUCUCAAAGCCAACAUUCAGGCUCUCACCCUGAAUCUCUCCCCUGAGGAUAUUCAAGAGAUCGAUGGGGCUACUGAAUUUGAUGUGGGCUUUCCUAACGAUUUCCUGUAUCGUGGGGGUAACUCUUUUGGAGGUCCAGACGUUUGGCUGCUCCAGAUGGGCGGCACGUUUGACCACAUCCAACCACCAAAGCCCAUCUCACCGGCUGCGCGGGGGGAAUAG